UGUUGAAGCGUCGCUGCGUCUUUACCGCGAUAUUUCGUCUUUGAAAGCUCGAUGUUGAGGAGUCGCCAGCCUCAGCUACACUCUGCUAACUCGUUUGUUUUCAGACUUUACGCCGCCCUGACGCUUUUAUUCGUCCUCUGAGCGGCUCGGCUCGGCUCGGCUCGGUUCGGUUCGGUGAGUGUCGGAGAGGAAACACACGUCUCGCAGCUUAUCCGCCUCCAGCUGUCGGGCGCCCGCUUACUGGGAAGUUGUCCCUGGUUGAAUUAGCAGGCUUUGUAGCACGAAAUAGGUCACACAGCUUCGUGCCGACGCCUGGUGUCUUUUCUCUCCCGCCACCUCAUCCAGCGGGACGGUAACGAUGGUUUUACUGAAGAAUCUCCAUCCACCCACCGAGGGAGUACGACAUGAGCAAGCCGAGACCACGGCGGUGAUGGACGGCCAGAGGCUGGGCUGCGGCACGCUGUACGUCGCUGAAACGCGCCUGUCGUGGUUCGAUGGUUCAGGGAUGGGCUUCUCUCUGGAGUAUCCCACCAUCGGUCUGCACGCCAUCUCCAGAGAUGUUAGUGCUUACCCACAGGAACACCUGUACGUCAUGGUCAACGGCAAACUUAGCGAUGAGAACGAGGCAGAAAUGGCAGAGAAAGCAGCUGACGAUGAAGAUGACGACGACGGCGGCAGCAGCAGCGGUGGUGGCGAUGAUGAUGGGGAAGGAGUGAUCACAGAGAUUCGAUUUGUGCCCAGCAACAAGGCGGCGUUGGAGUCCAUGUUCUCAGCAAUGUGCGAGUGCCAGGCGCUGCACCCGGACCCAGAGGACGACGACUCCGACAACGACUUCGAAGGAGAGGAGUAUGACGUGGAGGAGGCUGAGGCAGAGCACGGUCACGCCGACAUCCCUACCUUCUACACCUGCGAUGAGGGUCUGUCGGCGCUCACGCACGAGGGCCAAGCGACACUGGAGAGGCUGGAGGGGAUGUUAGCCCAGAGCGUCGCUCAGCAGUACCACAUGGCCGGUGUCCGGACCGAGGAAAGCAAAGCUGAAUUUGAAGAUGGUAUGGAGGUGGAUGCAGCAGCGAUGGAGGCCGGUCAGUUUGAGGAUGCAGACGUUGAACACUGAUGAAAGUCAUCUCAGUGGCCAAUCAAAGCACCAGAGUUGCAUCAUGGGAUUGGAGGAGGAGGACUGCGGCAGCACUUACUCAUACUCUCUUCCUUCUCCUCUGUACUUAAAGUCAUCUCAGUAGUCUUCUCUAUCUUUCUUCAUCUUCUCAUUAUUUUCCGUUGCAUUGGAGCUCACAUGUAUUGUCCUCCACCUCUGUCUCUACUGAUGUGUCCAGGUCAAAUGGACAGUGUGUGCUGUUCUGCACUUUUGUGAUGGAGCCCAGUCAGCUACAGGAGGCUAUUGAGAUGCAGCCCCCAAAUUCCCAGACCCUGUUAUUAACUGUAAAAAAAAAAAAAAAAAAAAAAAAAAGUUUUCUGUUUUGUACCUAAAGACAAGUUUAAUAUCUGAUUUUCCUGCUGAGGAGAGUUCAUGUCUUUGUAUCAGAUUGUCAAUAAAUUCAUAGUUUUUGUAUGAA